AUGAUUUUGAAGUCAGAAAUAAGAGGAAUUUUUUUAAGACGUUAUACAGGAUCUAUUUUUCAAAGGGCACCAUUAGGUAUCCGUUGUAUGGGAACGACAUUAAAAACAAAACUUAUGGAUAUUAUUCCCCAAGAGCAGGAGAAAGUGCGAGAAUUACGCAUAAAACAUGGAAAGAAAUCAUUAGGUGAAGUGACAUUGGAUCAAGUGUAUGGUGGUAUGCGUGGCAUCAAAGGCCUUGUAUGGGAAGGAUCUGUUUUAGAUCCUGAAGAGGGUAUACGUUUUCGUGGGUUAACUAUUUCAGAAUGUCAAGAUAAGCUUCCGAAAGCACCUAUGGGGAGUCAGCCAUUACCUGAAGGGCUUUUUUGGUUGUUAUUAACAGGUGAAAUACCUACACAUGAGCAAGUAAAAGAGAUUUCAGAAGAAUGGGCAGCUCGUUCUGACAUUCCAGAAUUUAUUGAAGAGCUUAUUGAUCGAUGCCCAUCCAAUUUACACCCAAUGGCACAAUUUUCUUUAGCUAUUACUGCACUGGAGCAGGUUUCUUCUUUUAGUGCAGCGUAUGCAAAAGGGAUUAAUAAAAAGGACUUUUGGCUAUAUUGUUUUGAUGAUUGCAUGGAUAUUAUUGCGAAACUUCCUAAUAUUGCUGGAAGAAUUUAUCGGAACAUAUAUAAGGAUGGAAAGGUUGCUUCCAUUUGUAAAUCCAAAGAUUACAGUUGGAAUUUAUCUAACAUUCUUGGAUUCUCUGAUAAUGAAGAAUUCAAUGAGCUUCUUCGACUUUAUCUUACAAUUCAUUCAGACCAUGAGGGCGGAAACGUGAGUGCCCAUACAACUCAUUUGGUAGCAAGUGCUCUAAGUUCUCCAAUGCUUUCAUUUAGCGCUGGACUAAAUGGUCUUGCUGGACCUCUUCAUGGUCUCGCUAACCAGGAAGUUUUAAAUUGGAUUUUAGAUAUGAAAGAAAAGAUUGGAGAAGAUGUUACAAAAGAAAAGAUUAAGCAAUAUUUAUGGUCUACUCUUAAUGCUGGAAAAGUUAUUCCUGGAUACGGUCAUGCUGUUUUAAGAAAGACAGAUCCCCGAUAUAUGGUUCAACGUGAAUUUGCUCUUAAAUAUUUGCCAGAUGAUCCUAUGUUUAAGCUCGUUUCUAUGAUAUAUGAGGUAGCACCUUCUGUUUUACUUGAACAUGGGAAAACUAAAAACCCUUAUCCGAAUGUUGAUGCACAUUCUGGAAUUUUAUUAAGAUAUUAUGGAUUAGUUGAACAACAAUUUUAUACAGUGCUUUUUGGCAUUUCUCGUGCACUUGGUGUACUUUCUCAGCUCGUUUGGGAUCGUGCAUUAGGUCUUCCUCUUGAACGCCCUAAAUCAUUUAGCACAAAUGCAUUUAUUAAAAUGUUUUCUAAUUAA